AUGGGCUGCUUGAAUGCUCUCGCGAAAUAUUGGGUGAAGGUCAUUCAGGCCUAUUGGUCUCCUAUCAACGGAAUUACCACGGCGCUUAUCUGUGUAGCCGGCGUGGUCAUGGUGCUCGUGAUGCUGCUGUCUAUCAUCGUGGGCGUCUGCAGCUUCCUGCUCUGGAGCAAAUUCUCGGGCUGGAAGAACGACACGUACCCGGCCAGCAGGAGAGAAGCAGAUGUCAAGGCCGGCUUUGAUGAGGUCUAUUGCUAUGCACAAGGCGUGUCCAUUUGCAACAAAGGAUUGGUCUCGGAUGCGCUGAGUAUGUUCGUCAUCGCCUUACAUUCAACCGUUUCCUCUCAGUUCGAGAACGUCACGGGUAGCGUCAAUGCACUUAGCAACGACUGGUUAAAUGACCAUGAAGAGCUCAUAGAUGUGUGCAACGGAUGUGAAAAAGCACGCGAGUUUCAGCACUUUUCGUCUGUGCGCGAUGCAACAAACAUAACUAGAGGAACAGCACCUUAUACAGAAUACCGCAACGUAUUUCUCAACCUUGUACGCAACUACGUCCUGUAUCUGGCUAUUGGCAGCGUCAUUGUCAUUGUCGGCUCGGUGGCGGUUGGUAUCAUGUCGUGUUAUCUGCGUCGUCGAGACAUGUACGACGUCUAUGAAGCGUUUUAG